AUGGAAAUCCCUACAUAUUUCUACACUGUAAUGAAGAUUACAUUUUUUGUUAUACUACGAAGCGAAGCACCUAAUGCCGCUUUGACCGGCAUGUUGGUUGAGAUGUGUUACACUUAUUAGUAUGUUGAUAGAUUAAUAAUCUUACAGCUACCAAUUAGAACGAGCGAACAAGACAUAUUUCCAGUGGUGUUUACGGCCGUGUCGAGAAAAAGAGAUUGGACGAGUAGAGGAGAUUCCACGAUAUGAAACACUUGAAUAA